UUCAAAGGGAGGAGACUAAAAGCAGAGUAUUAACACAGAGCUGAAAUGAAAAUUAAACCAUUCAGCAGCAAGACACCAGCAGCAAUACUUCACCCAUCGACUCCCUGAAACAAACAUGUCUGCCAAAUAUACUAAGUUCAAUGAAGAAGAACCAGAUCUCAGGAUUGCUGUUAUUGGGAAAACUGGAACUGGGAAAAGUGCAGUAGGAAACACCAUCUUAGGGGAAAGAUUUUUUAUGGCUAGGCUGUCUUCUUCCUCAGUGACAUCAGAAUGUCAGAAGGAAACAGGUCAGUUUGAAGGUCAGAUCCUGGCUGUAGUUGAUACUCCAGGUCUGUAUGACACCAGAAAAAAUCAAGAGGAGGUGACAAGAGAGAUGGCCAAGUGCAUCUGCUUUAUUGCUCCUGGUCCUCAUGUGUUUCUGGUUGUGUUGCAGCCAACCAGAUUCACCAAAGAAGAGCAAGAAACUGUGAAAAUCAUUCAGGAGAUCUUUGGAGAAGUUUCAGCAGAUUACACUAUAGCCCUGUUCACUCAUGGAGAUCAGCUGGAAGAAGAAGGAAUCACCAUGGAAGAACUAAUCAAUGGAAAUCCAGAUCUCAGUGACUUCAUCGGUCAGUGUCAUGGAGGAUACCAUGUGUUUAACAACAAGGCCAAUGAUCCAUCACAGGUCAGAGAGCUGCUGAUGAAGAUCAGCUCCAUGGUUCAGGAAAAUGGAGGAAGUUGCUACACCAAUGAGAUCUUCAAAGAACCAGAUCUCAGGAUUGCUGUUAUUGGGAAAACUGGAACUGGGAAAAGUGCAGUAGGAAACACCAUCUUAGGGGAAAGAUUUUUUAUGGCUAGGCUGUCUUCUUCCUCAGUGACAUCAGAAUGUCAGAAGGAAACAGGUCAGUUUGAAGGUCAGAUCCUGGCUGUAGUUGAUACUCCAGGUCUGUAUGACACCAGAAAAAAUCAAGAGGAGGUGACAAGAGAGAUGGCCAAGUGCAUCUGCUUUAUUGCUCCUGGUCCUCAUGUGUUUCUGGUUGUGUUGCAGCCAACCAGAUUCACCAAAGAAGAGCAAGAAACUGUGAAAAUCAUUCAGGAGAUCUUUGGAGAAGUUUCAGCAGAUUACACUAUAGCCCUGUUCACUCAUGGAGAUCAGCUGGAAGAAGAAGGAAUCACCAUGGAAGAACUAAUCAAUGGAAAUCCAGAUCUCAGUGACUUCAUCGGUCAGUGUCAUGGAGGAUACCAUGUGUUUAACAACAAGGCCAAUGAUCCAUCACAGGUCAGAGAGCUGCUGAUGAAGAUCAGCUCCAUGGUUCAGGAAAAUGGAGGAAGUUGCUACACCAAUGAGAUGUUCCAGGAGGCUGAGAGAGCCAUAAGAGAAAAGAUCGAGCCAGACCUGAGGGUGGUGCUGGUGGGCCAGGAGAAAGUGGGGAAGAGUUCAGCAGGAAACACCAUCCUGGGAAAGAAGGUUUUUGACUCUAAGAUCAGCUCCAGUCCUCUGACUCUGAGCAGUAAGAAGAUAGAAGCUGAUGUUCUGGGUCGCAGAGUCUCUGUGGUCGACACCCCCGGACUCUUCAGCACCCGACUGACUGCAGAAGAGGUAAAAGCAGAGCUGGAAAAUGCAGACGAGCUGAGCUGUCCAGGUCCUCACGUCUUCCUGCUCAUCCUUCAGCUUGGAAGAUUCACAGAACAAGAACAAGAAGGGCUGAAAACUCUGCAGGAGAUGUUUAAUGCUGAAAUCUCCAAACACACAAUGGUCCUGUUCACCUAUGGAGACCAACUGGAAAACACCGACAUGGAGCAGUUCAUCAGAGAGGACGAGAACCUGCAGGAGCUGCUGAGGAACUGCAGCGGUGUGUACCAUGUGUUCAACAACAGAAAGAUAGAAGACAGGAGUCAGGUCCAGGAGCUGCUGGACAAAAUAGACUCCGUCUGUAAGGGAGGACACUACAAGAGGACGUCACAGGCAGCGUGGUACAGCUCUCUCAAGAGUUCCUGGUUCUUUAGAAAAAUCAGACAGAUUGGGAGUCAGAUAUUCGUCAUCAUCAACUCCAUAAUGAAACCAUACCUGACCCUCAUGCACCCUCACUGUAGCACAAUCCAGUGUUAA